AUGAAAACAAUAGCGGAACUUAAAUCAAUAAGUUCAAAUUUGGUAAAAGAUACCAUUGGUCAUGCCAAGGGGUUCUCUCAAUUAACCAAUGCUCAAAUUACAUUACUACAGAUAUUCAACCAUCAAAUUAAGAACCUUUCAAGAAUAGGAUAUUGCGAUUACGAGGUUACGUAUGUAGUUUAUUUAACUGCGUCCCAACUUUUAAGUAUGACCAAACGAUUUGUAAACGAUAAAAACAGGGAAAUUUUUGAACAGAUUGAAACGGCAUUAGCUAAUAAGAAACAGCAAUUUGGAGAAGUGGAAACAUUCAUUCUGAAUCAAGUUCUUACCCCUACUGGAGGAGCCGAUCCACUCUUGCAUAGAUUUAUGGAAUUGCAAGGAAAACCGGAAACACACAUGAAUGGGAACUCAUUAACCCAUUUCAAAUAUAGAGAUCAAAUAACACCCCAGGAAUUACACGAAUUAUUCAAUCUGAAGAGUAGAGUUCUUCUUAUUGACUACCGUCCCAAGAAAGAUUUCCUUCACAAUCAUAUAAACUACGAAGAUAUCGUACUUGUACAACCCAAACAAGUACAAAGUUUAACUUCAGAAGAUACGGAUUUGGAAUUGGAACAGAUACUAAAGGAUAGUUUACCUUCUGAUCAAUUUGAUAAAUUUCAAAAUAGACACAAGUAUGACUUGAUUGUGGUAUAUGAUUUCAAAUACGGCGGAGACAGAUUUUCCAACCUAGCUGAUGAACAACCCAACCCCUUUCUUGAAUUUAUUGAUAUUCUCAUGUUUAGAAAUAAGUAUAUUAGUUCUCGACCCAAGAUAUUACCGUGCUAUCUUGCUGGUGGGAUAUUGAAUUGGCAUAAACAAUUUGGAGACGAAUCGAUAGCACGAUCACCAGUAGAGAAUGGCAACAAGAGAGAAGAGAAUCAUAAACUGGAUAAUUAUUUGACUAGUUUUGGGGACUAUAUAUCGACAAACAAGGAGGUCAAGAAUGAGCCUGUUCCAUAUAUUAAACCAAUGCAUAGAAGAAAUGGUAAUCAAUAUGUUCCAGAACCAGUAAAGAUUGUACCAAAGCCAGAACCAGUUUUCCCGCCAACUCCAAGAUCAAGAGAGAGUACACCAACUCAUACUGCUCCAGCUAUACCAAUCACAGCACCAACCCAUACUACAGCAACCACAGCAGUCACUGCACCAUUACCACAACAACAAUUUUCACAAUCUGAACCUAGUCGCCCACCGGCAUUGCCAGCCAAAAUACCAACUGUUCAAGGAAUGGUACCAUACACACCACCUGCAUUACCCGAAAAGCCACCGGCGUAUUCUAUACAACAAGUACCCGCUUCUUCCUCUCCAGUGCCUGCCAAGAAAUCUGAUUUUCUUGAUCUGUACACUACUGGGUUAGUCAACUUGGGUAAUUCAUGUUAUAUGAAUUGUGUAUUGCAAUGUCUUGGAGCAACACCUCAACUAACAACUUUCUUCUUUCCCUCAAGCAGUGAUUUAUCUAAUCCACAAUUUAAACAGCAUAUCAACACUAAUAACAAGCUAGGAUCCAAGGGGAUAUUAACUGUUCAAUUUGCAGAAUUGCUAUCGAACAUGUUCAGUAGUAAUGGAAAAGUAUUUAAUCCUAGUAAAUUCAAGAAAAUAAUGGGAUCUUUGUCUCCAUCACGUCAGUUUGCAACAUAUGAUCAACAAGAUUGUAUUGAAUUUUUGAUAUUCUUGUUGGAUACACUCCACGAAGAUCUUAACCAAAUGGCAAUUCUAGACCCCCAGGAAAAGAAGAUGAUUUCAGAAUUAACACCGGAACAGGAGAAGAGCAGGGAGACGUUGCCAAUAAGGUUAGCAUCUACUAUUGAAUGGGAACGGUACCUCAAGUUGAAUUUUUCGGUCAUUGUGGAUUAUUUCCAGGGACAGUUGCUUUCGCAGUUGAAGUGUUUGGAGUGUGGGUUCACCAGUACAACUUAUAAUUCAUUUUCCAUUCUUUCGUUACCGAUUCCUGAGAAGCUUAACAAGUCGACCAAGGUACUGUUGCAGGAUUGUUUGGAGGAGUUUACUACUAUUGAGUUGUUGGAUGAUAAUAACAAAUGGCAUUGUCCGAAAUGUAAGCGAUUCACGAAGCUGACUAAAAAGAUUGCAAUUACACGAUUACCACAAGUGUUAAUUAUAAAUUUCACACGAUUUAAAAUGACUCCCGACGGAAGAUUCAACAAGCUCGAGACAUUUGUGACAUAUCCUGUUUCUGAAGAACUAGACCUAACCAAGUAUUGGCCGGAUGUAGGCACAUCCAUAAACCCAUCGCUUCCUAGCGUAAUGAGUGUUGACAAGGAACGAGAAAUGUUAAAGACGUUCCCCGUGCGUAAUCAAGUUCCGCCAUUCAAGUAUCAAUUGUUUGGAGUGGCUAAUCAUUUUGGGAAUUUGACCACGGGACAUUACACUUCGUAUGUCAAGAAACAUGGUCGUGGCUGGUGUUAUUUUGAUGAUUCAAAGAUUACAUACAAGUGUUCCACGGAUAAAGUGUUGAAUAAGAAUGCCUAUUGUUUGUUCUUUCAGAGAGUAUAG